AACUCUUUUUUUACAAAUCCGUUAGAUAGAGACGAGAGAAUCGUCGACGAUUGGUUCCGAUUAGGGUUUUGAAAUUCCGAUUCCGAUUAGGGUUCUUCGUCGGAAAAUGGAAACGGCGAUGAUUAGUUCGGCGAGUAGUGUAAUUGCAAUGCUCAAAGAAACACAUCCUUCGUUGAAACUUCAAGCGCUCUUACUUCUCAACAGAUUGGUUCAUCAGUUUUGGCCGGAGAUCUCCGAUCAUCUCCCAAUCUUUGAGUCCUUAUAUGAAGAUGAAAAAUUCGAUCUGCAUCUAAGACAGCUUGCUGCAUUGCUAAUCUCUAAGGUUUUCUAUUACUUGGGUGAGCUAAACGAUUCAUUGGCCUAUGCCCUUAAAGCUGGAUCUUUGUUUGAUGUGCUGGAUGAGUCUGAUUAUUUUCAUACUCUCCUAGCCAAAGCAAUAGAUGAGUAUGCUAGUCUCAGACUGAAGGCAGAUGAGUUAAAUGAGUAUGAGACGGUAGACAUUGAUCACAGAUUGGAGGCUAUUGUUGAAAAAAUGAUGGAAAAAUGUAUCAGUGAUGGAAAGUAUCAACAAGCCAUGGGAAUUGCUAUAGAAUGCCGGAGAUUGGAUAAGUUGGAAGAAGCUAUAAUAAAGAGCGAAGAUGUUCAGGGAAGUUUAUCUUACUGCAUCAAUGUUUCUCACUCUUAUAUCAACCGCAGAGACUAUAGACAUAAGAUGAGUCUGGUUUUUCGAUUACUUGUUAAUGUCUGGAAGCUGGCUUCUCCUGAUUAUUCGAGUAUUUGUCAAUGCCUUAUGUUCUUGGAUGAACCACAUGGUGUUGCAAGCAUAUUGGAGAAACUUCUUCGUUCAGAGGACAAAAAUGAUGCUUUACUUGCAUUGCAAAUCGCUUUUGAUCUUGUAGAGAACGAGCACAAUGGAUUUCUCAUGAGUGUUAGAGACAGCCUUCCAACGCCCAAGACCCUUCCUGUAGUAGCAGUUCAAGCUGCUGAAACCUCUACCGCUCAGAGGGAGAACUUUGAAGGGGAUCUCCAGAUGACAGAUGAAACAGAUCCUGCGGAUACUAUUUACGCUGAGAGGUUAACAAAGGUUAAGGGGAUUUUAUCUGGAGAGACAUCAAUGCAGUUGACCCUCCAGUUUCUUUACACACAUAACAAAUCAGACCUGUUGUUCCUGCUGGAGACAAAUGAACAGUCGAUUGACUCGUUGUACAGUCAAUGGCUAAGUCAAUUACACGACGAUGCUUCAAUAUACGGUUAUGCGAUAAUGCAUGCUGGAACAGCAAGGGAUACAUUUUACAAGGAGAAGUUGGUCUCGGUAAGUUGGGCCACCAACUGGGCUAAGUUUAGUGCUGUAGCGGGAUUAGGUGUUAUUCAUAGAGGUCAUCUACAACAAAGUAGGUCAGUGAUGGCUCCCUAUUUGCCUCAAGGAGGAGCAGGUGGUGGCGGGAGUCCUUAUUCUGAAGGUGGUGCUUUAUAUGCCCUAGGGAUUAUUCAUGUCAACCAUGGCGAGGGAAUUAGGCAAUUUCUUCGUGAUAGCCUACGUAGUACUAGUGUUGAGGUUAUUCAACAUGGAGCUUGUUUAGGUCUUGGUUUGGCAUCUUUUGGGACAGCUGAUGAAUACAUAUAUGAAGACAUAAAAAAAGUGCUCUACACUGACAGUGCAAUUGCUGGUGAAGCUGCCGGCAUCAGCAUGGGUCUAUUAUUUGUUGGAACUGCAACAGAUAAAGCAAGUGAGAUGCUCGCUUAUGCUCACAACACCCAGCAUGAGAAGAUAAUAAGGGGACUGGCUCUAGGAACAGCUCUCACAGUAUAUGGUAGAGAAGAAGGAGCAGAUCCUUUGAUUGAGAAGAUGACUAGAGAUCGUGAUCCUAUAAUUCGUUGUGGUGGAAUGUACUCACUGGCAUUGGCUUACAGAGGAACUGCAAACAACAAAGCCAUGCGUCAACUUCUGCACUUUGCUGUCUCUGAUGUCUGUGACGAUGUCAGGAGGACUGCUGUUCUCGCACUUGGAUUCGUCUUAUACUCUGAUCCAGAGCAGACUCCCCGUAUUGUAUCCCUGCUUUCCCAGUCAUACAAUCCGCAUGUCCGCUAUGGCGCAGCUCUUGCCGUAGGCAUAUCUUGUGCAGGAACUGGCCUGAGUGAGGCGAUAUCCUUGCUGGAGCCACUUACAUCAGAUGUCGUCGACUUUGUUCGUCAAGGUGCUCUGGUUUCCAUGGCCAUGGUGAUGGUCCAAAUUAGUGAAGCAAGUGAUUCUCGCGUUGGAGCAUUUAGGCACCAACUUGAAAAGAUUUUACUCGAUCGGCUUACAGAUGAAAUGAGCAAUACGGGAGCAAUUUUGGCUUCAGGUAUUCUUGAUGCUGGUGGAAGGAAUGUGACAAUACGGCUUCUCUCUACGACAAAACAUGACAAAGUCACUGCGGUCAUUGGCCUUGCAAUCUUCAGCCAGUUUUGGUAUUGGUACCCGCUUAUUUACUUCAUAUGCUUGGCGUUCUCACCAACCGCAUUCAUCGGUUUGAACUAUGAUCUCAAAUUCCCAAAGUUUGAAUUCAUGUCGCUCGCAAGACCAUCUUUGUUUGAGUAUCCAAAACGAACUACGGUUUUUACUUCCAACAUCACUGCCAAAUUACCAACUGCCCUGCUCUCAACGGCAGUGAAGGCCACUAAAUCUAGGAAUAAGAACAAGAAUGAAGCAGAGCAGAAGAUUGUCACUAAAAUAGGCAAGUCAUCAAUUGAGAAGGCUGAUAGCGCAGCAACGGAGGAGAAGAAGGCUGAGGCAGAAGCAAUGUUUGAGAUUCUGUUCAACCCGGCACGGGUAGUCCCUGCACAAGAGAAGUAUAUAAAGUUCAUGGAGAAAAGCAGAUACGAACCAGUGAAGGUAGCUCCAUCAGGGUUCGUCCUUCUAAAGGACUUGCAACCGCCGUAUCCUAAGGUUAUCUUUACGACCACUGCCACACCUACUUCAACAGCUGUCAAGCAAGGAUCACACGCCAGUCUGAAUACACAUCAUGGUUUUGUUUUGAUUACUGGGUAAUUGUUGGUUUUUUUGGUUAACAUGGAACAGUUUGGAGAUGUGGAAUUUACUACAGUUCGAGGUGGUAAAGGUGUUCAUCUGGAACAUGGAAACAGGUCACGCUGAGACCACUCCUGAUGUACAUGCUGAUAUCAUUACUGAUGUUCGCUUCCAAUCUAAUUCAACUCUACUUGCAACAUCAUCAUUAGACGAAACUAUAAAAAUCUGGGAUGCUUCUAAGCAUGGUUACUACUGCCUACGAACAGUGGCUGGUCAUACAGCUCCUGUGAAGUCCCUUGACUUUCAUCCUAAGAAAACAGAGAUGUUUUGCUCUUGUGAUAGCAGCGGUGUAAUCCACUACUGGAACACCGAUACAUAUUCCUUUUCUCAUACUUUGAA